UCUUAGGGAACGAUACCUCCCUUUGAUCCGCAUAACUGAGGAGGUGGAAGAUCCUCUGAAGGGUUGCUUUGUGAGUGAGGAAUAUUCAGUUCUUCACAUUGAGCUUAUGGAGUUUUCAUGUCAGUUUUGAGGAGUUUGCUUCAGACCUUCAUAAUGUCAUGAUUUUGUUCAUUGGUCAUAGUAGAUGCAUGCCUUCAUGUGUUUAAGGUCAGAAAUCUUAUCUAAGGAAGAGGGCGAUAUUACUUGUUGUAUUUUGAAGGAGAAUCGAAUCAAGUUGCUGCUGGUUAUCAGACUGAACCAGACUAUGCCCUCCCACGAUCUUGUUCAUUCAUCAUCUUUUGUGCAUCGAUUUUCAUAUUAGAGGACAGCGAUUUCAAUUGUUGAGCAAGGCGACUUCUUUGUGAUAUUUUGAAUGAGUUUUGGGGAUAGUUUCGGCUAUAUCUGAGCAUCUGAUCAGAACAGACCUGUGCCUCUUGAAUCCUUCGAUUUGGGUUGUUAUUUCAUGAUUUGGCCUUGAGACACACCAUUGGGUGAGGUGCCUUCUUCUAGGAUUGAGACCGACCAGUUUAGGAGGUGAAUUGGAGCACUUGUAUGUAGUCCACUUUGGUAUCUCAGUCCUUUCACUUGCAGCAGUAGGGGCGGCGUUGCACAUGGUUUGAUCUUGCACUUGGGAGGUUUAUUGUCAGUUGAUAUUGCUUGCUUCUUCACUGCAGGUUCUAAGUUAUCACAUCUUCAUUGCAUUUUCAGUUUGAAUGUGUGAGUCUAUAACUGUCAUAUGUCCUCAGACAAUCUGAAAGUGUCCAUGUCUGUUUGGUCAAUAUAUUUGAUGUAAAUCAGCUAAUGUAAUGAGCCUAUUUUGAUUCAUUAAUGAAGGAGUUAUAAGGCUGUCCCUCAUUUAGACAUCGUUAUAUGAUGCUUGCCAAUUGUUUGACUUAGUGACAGUCUGCUGUAACCUUUAUUUUCUGCAUACCAUUUUAUGUCAAUGAAUUCAACUUUAGUAAUUAUGGUUGCACUAUCAUUCUAGAUCAUAGUUUUAUGUUUAGCAAGUCACCAUUUGUUAAAACAAGGGUUUAUAAUGUCAAGACAUGUCUGAAGUAACUUGUACCAGUCAUAUGCCAAGUGUUUGACGAAAUUCCCAAAGGGUCAAAGACUGGAAUUUGAUAUCAGAAUAGGUGAGGGACAUUACAUGUGACUCCCAAAUCUGAAAGUUUCAUGUAUGGAAUUAAAAUGUAACCCCUCCCAAGUAACUUUUUCCAAAUGUGGAGCCAUUAAUCAAGAUGGUCGAGCAAGAAUCUUAGAGUCAAAGUGUAACUCUUCUCCACCUAGCUACCACAAUCAAAGCAAGCAUGGGAUAUUCUCGAUAAAGAGCAACUUCCCUCCACACGGGCUUUUCAAUCAGUGGUAAGCAUGCAAAUGGGGGUUACACAUGCAAAUGAAGUCAGCACCACGUAAAAUGGCUGGUCAAUUCAAAUACCCUCACGAAAUUGUGACUCUUAAACUUCCUCGGAGUGUCAUUAACUUUGGACAAGUGUCAAAUGCAGCCCGCCAAGAUUCAGUCCAAGGUGGAUACCUAGAUUGAGAGGGAAAGCCUUUUGAAAUUCAAAUGUUUGAAGUUGGAGUGCUCAUCCAUGCCUAGGAAACCAUGGUUAGCAUACUAAACUAUAAUUGAAGAGAUAAAACAUGUUUUUGGUGAUACAGAUUGCCCUAGCCCCAAGCUGCUCCUGCAUUACUCACAUGGCUACUUUUUUUCUCUAAAUCAUUCAUCACAUCAGAAAAAUUCAUUCUACUUGCAGCUAUCAUGACUGGAUUGAUGUGGCAAUUCCGAUACUUAAUCCAAUGGCAUUUUCAACUAUGGUGACUUCCAUUUAUUAGCAGUGAAAUUCUUACCAACAUCUCCACAUAUGCCCCUUUCUUUGGCCCUGUCAUUUUCAAAGAAGGCAGUGUUUUGCAUUUCCGUAAAGGUAUCAGGAAAAUCUAUUAAUCAAUAGCUUAGCAUACAGAUGAUAUAGCAAUAUAAUUUCCUAGUUUCAGUCAACUCUUCCAUCACAUAUACUUUAUGUUUCCUUGUGAUGUUCUUCAUAGUUCUGGAAUCGUGGUUUAUAACAGGUUUAUCUUGUGUUAUCCUUAAUAUAAUUACUUUUGCUGAUGAAGAAAACAUAUACUUCAACUGACCAUGUACAUUAUAUCCACGUUGUUUCAAAUCAUCCUGUCAUUUAAACAUUUAGAGAUUUAAUGAGGAAGCCGAUUCUUAUAUUGGGUGCUAUAUUUGUAGUUUACUAAGGAUUUGAUAUCCAAUUUUUGUUAAUAUGCCUUCUCUGUAUGUAUCCACCUCUGUCAAGAUCUGAUUUCUGGGAAUCUGGAGGACACAGCUUCCCUGAUCAAUAAUGUGCAUGUUAAUCAUGAAUAGGAAGAAUGAGUAAUUGAUUGCACUUUUAAGCUAUUUAAAACAAAGCAUUAAUUUUUUCUGUGCCUAUAGAAUGUACGAGUGCCUUAGGGUAUAGUGAAUUGCCUCAAAUUUUGAUGCUACUUAAGCUUAACAGAAGACUUGAAAGACUGAAUUUUUAAAAAUUUCCUAUCACAUUCAAUGAAUCUGAGUGGGUCUUUCAACGGGUAUAGUAUUUUGUAUUUUGAUUUCUUUAUCAGCAUGCCCACAUGUAUGAAUACCGGAAAGAUGUGCAUAUAUUGUGUUCCAAUUUGCAAGUAUAAGGAAAUUACAAUGGCUCUAACUACAGUAAAGGAAUGAGAGGAGGGCAGGGCUGUGUGUUGGACACACCAAGGUCCCUUGCUGUCCAGUUGAUAAGGUUCCAUAAACAUGAUUGGCUCAUGAUUCUCAUUCUUCUGGCAAGUAUUGGCAUACUUAACCUCAUAGAUCCAUUCUAUCGCUUUGUGGGGAAAACUAUGCUGAAUGAUCUGAUGUAUCCUCUCAAAGAAAACACAGUCCCAUUUUGGGCCAUUCCAAUACUUGCAGUAGUUGUACCAUCCAUUGUUUUUUGCAUCUACUAUUUUUAUCAGAGAAAUAUUAAUGAGUUACACCAUGCUAUAUUAGGUCUUUUGUUCUCAGUACUUAUAACUGCUGUUGUAACUGAUGCUAUGAAAGAUGCAGUUGGCCGACCUCGCCCUGACUUUUUUUGGCGGUGUUUUCCAGAUGGCAUACCAAAAUUUGAUAACAUUACUGGGAAGGUAGAGUGUCAUGGAAAUAAACAUGUCAUAAGGGAAGGGCAUAAAAGCUUUCCCAGUGGACAUACUGCAUGGUCAUUUUCAGGGUUGGGUUUCCUCUCUCUGUAUCUUGCUGCAAAGGUUGAAAUAUUUGAUCGCAAAGGCCAUGCUGCAAAAUUAUGCAUUGUUUUUCUUCCUCUUUUGGUUGCAAUCCUUGUUGGUAUUUCACGAGUAGAUGACUAUUGGCACCAUUGGCAGGAUGCAUUUGCAGGAGCUCUUCUAGGCUUGACUAUGGCUACUGUAUGCUAUCGACAAUUUUUUCCGGCUCCAUAUGACUCAAAUGGUGUAGGGCCAUACACUCAUUUUCAUGUUUUAAAUGAUGCACAUUCCAAUCAGGCAGAAUUUGCUGAUGGCUUGGAUAUAGAAAAUGUACCAUAUAUUAGAGUAGGGGGAACCGAUACUGCCGUGAACAGACAUGCACAUGAGGGAGGAUUCGUUCGUUGGCAGAAAGGAAACAAACAAGAUCCUGAUAUAAACAAGCAUUUACUUGAGGAGCAAAGAGGAUUUCAUCAGAGAGAAGCAGCUUUUGAGGAUAUUGAAAGUAUUCCAUUUUCGGAGAGGAGAGUACAUGUGGGAAGAGCUGUAACAUUUGACAAUGAAACAAUAGAUAAUCGAUGUAAUGCACAAAGAUUCCCCAUCAGGUGUAAGUCUUUUGGAAACCAUUUAACAGGUAGGUUUUCUCCAAUUAAGAGAAGGUUUAGCAUUUAGGUAAAAAAAUAUUUCUGGAAAAUGUUAACCAUGAACCAACUCAUUGCAGUAAUGGAAGCAUUUAUCUAGAGUAGCAUACUCAUCAUACGGGUUCCUGCCUCCUGGAUGUAACCUAUACCAAAAAACCUUAUAGGUUGCUGGCUUUCUGCUUUGAGGUCAAAAUGACAUGUUCUCCCUGCCCACAUUCCCCGACUCCCUCUUGUUGAUGCCGAAGAGAAGUAAAAUAAGAAAGAUUAAUGUGCUUUAAACUUUAUAUUAACUUCUUGCAGUAAGAGCUAAAAAAAUGUUCAACGAUGAUUUAUUUGAGCUAGACCGUGGGCGUAAAGGCUAUCUGUGGUCAAGGGAUUGACAGUAUUGUGUUUGAAAAUUAUUUGCUUUUGCAAGGGAUAAUCAAAUGAGAACACAGCAUAAUGUAUUGCGGAUGGAAAAAAAUUGUAGAGAAAGGAAUUAAAACUUAGUGGGUAACCAUUAAUUAUGGCAUUUGCCAAGUUAUAUAGUUGAUGAUUGACGUCAAAUAAUCUAGCAGAUUCAAUAAAUUACCUUCCUAUUUGGAGAUAUACCGAAUCUUUUUUAUUGGCAUACAAAUUGUGCACUAUGUAAAUAUUGAAAGAGUUAAAAAAAUUGUUAUCACAUAUCUGAUAUAAAUGGUAUAGCAUGUAACGCCACGUUUAAGGAACAAUGCAAUAUAAUUACAAAAUGCAAUUCUUUGAUACC